AUGAACAAGGAACUUAUGGAAAAGCACCAUAACCGAGCUCGUCAAGAGAAGUUCGAGGUAGUCAACUCACUCAUGGUUUGCAAGAUGAAGGACUCGAUUGUUAGUCAUGUGCAAAUAAUGCAACGUUACAUAGAGCGUUUGGUCAAGCUUAAUGUGCCAUUUGAUGAGGAAUUGGCCAUUGACAUGGUCUUGAAGUCAUUCCCCGAUUGUUAUGGUCUAUUCAUCCUAACUUACCAUUUGAACAACACCGAGUAUAUGUUGGCCCAAUUGCACAAAUUGUUGCAGAAAACUACGGUAGGAAUGAAGGGUGAAAGUAUAGCCUCCACUUUUGCUAGUGCCCCAGUCUUGGCUAUUGGACAAGGAAAGGGGAAGAAGAGGAAAGUUCCUCCUAAGAAAAAAUGGAAGCGCAAGGUCUAA